AUGAAAAUCGAAGUAAAUUUUGCAAAUUUCCCGGCAGAAAGGGCUUCUCCGACGAUUGUCAAUUUGUCAUCGAUUGUGAAGGCACCGCCAAGAGCACAAGUCGGGCCUCCGUUUGCAUCAUCAUGCUGCUGCAGGUCUCCUCAACAUACUGCCAGUACUCCCUCUCGCAAGAUCAGCUCUGCUCUGGUGCGUGUAGCAGUCGUUUUGCGUUGGAAUCCUCUGACCAGAACAUCCUGUGACGACCUUGCUACUUUAUCAAUGACGAGAGCUUCGCUCGAAAACAAUAAUAACGAGCGUCUCGAAACGUCUUCAACAGGAUCUGUUUCACCAACAGAUUCAUCCGAGCCCACCCAUCAUGCCACGACCGCCGAUACCGUCAUAUCUGACAACUCAGUGGCAGGCCGUUCGACUUCCAUCUACCCUCCUAUUCCCGCAUACACACCCUCAUCAAGUUAUGACCCGCCACUGCCUCCAUCUGGGCCCAUAACAAUCCUUGAUGAAGGUCUGUUGCGGUAUAAUUCGGCGUACGGGCACGAUGGCAUAGCAGUUGCGCCUCGUCCACCAGAGGCAUUUCCGUCCGAUCGCUUAUCUUUCCGAUCGAGCGAGCCGCCAGAAACGCUCCCAGCGUACGGCGACGACGAGCCUCCACGAUACAGAAGACGAAUCGAGAAUGUGCACGGAGAGCCACAAACGCUGGCUUUCUUCUUCUUUAAAUUCGGAUUUUUCUUCCCCGCGUUCUGGGUAUUCGGGACGCUGAUGCUCAUUCCGCCUUUUCGUUCGCCGAACCCUUUCGCUCAUCACGCUUUCGAGUCGACCUGGCCGCCGAACAAUGAUUCCUUCAUCGCCUGGUGCAACGAACGCGUACGCACCGAAGAGGAGAAGGAAGAGUAUCUGCAUUUAAUGCGGAAAUCGGAGCUGAACCAGUACCAAUCGACAGCGCAUGCGACAUGGGGGUACGACGAUAGAGCCGUCCUCACCUUUGAGGGUGUGGGCGUGAAGGUGUACGGUACGCUCCCUCCGGGGACUGGGACCGCUGCGGUAGACUUCAGCCUCGACGGACGUUCCGGCCUACGUGUAUGGAAACCCUCUCAGCGCUCUCAAUAUGUCUUCAAUGAACUCUGGUUCGACUCCGGGGUGCUUUCUGCUGGAACCCACACGAUUACUAUGGCAAACAAAGGCGAGGACAAUGAUAUGGACUUUCGUUUGGAUCGGGUCGUGGUGGAGCUUGUGGCACCGUCGGCAUCCUCGACGACGACGCCGAAUAAUCCUCCAGCGACUACAACACCCCAAGCUCAAGGCUCGUCCAGCACGACAGCCCCCCUACCAUCAACCUCGGCGACGAACGGCAACCCCAAUUUAUCACCAUCUUCAGGAUCUAGCGUGAGUGGAUCCUCAACCUCGAGCAUACCGCCCUCCGUCGUGGUCACCACCGUCGGAAGCCAGACAAUAAUCAGCACCGUAUUUCAGACACCGGCGACCUCCGUUCUGGGCUCCUCCGCAGACCCCACCAACAUUUCGGCUGCCGCAGAGUCGAGCUCCAACUCGACGCCUACAAUUGUCGGAGCAGUCGUCGGGGUUGUCGUGUUUCUUCUACUUGUUCUUGGUCUCUUGUUCUAUUGGCGGAGAAGGAAAGCCGCCGCAAGGAGAGAAUAUUCCGAUUCUGCAGGAGAGUCAGGAAUAGCCCGUCCAAUGGCCCAGAACGGCGUAACACCCUUCACAGUUCCACCUCCCACCUCUGAGACUCAUGCAGACAGCCUCACAAAUUCCUACGGCAAAUCACAAACUAUAUCUCAACGGAACCUCCUCCAAACCGCCCCACCACCUUCUUCUGGAAGGCAGCCAUCCUCCCCUUCUGAAUCUCAGUCAUCUGCGCACUCGCAACUCGGGCAUCCCAUGAACGCUGAGAUGCUUCCCGAGAAACAUUCAUACACCCUGCAUAGGCAAGGUCUCAUAUCCCCUACAUUCACCCAUGAUACCGACCCAACUCUCGUUUAUGUCCGCGACGACAGGGCAGAGAGCGAAAGACCCCCUUCUUAUUAUCCCCGUCAAUAG